ACCAACUCUGUCCUAAAACACACGAACACACCUUCCCUCCGCAACUCACUCUCCCCACAGAUCACAGACCAAAUGAAAAAUAUUCUGUGGUUCAUAAAUCAAAAUCAGAUGUUGCUACUGAAUCCGGAAAUAUGAGAGGACCUUCCCCUAGUCCCGUUGAGCCACGACUCCGUUUGUCUGCUUCAUUAAAUGAGGACUCAAACAAACGAAGAUCCCACAGAAAUAAAGUUUUUGGCCAUAUUGAAAAGGCACUCCGGAUUCCUGUUCAAGAUCGGAAUUUAAACUACAAGCCUACCUUGAAGCUUGUGCUCGUCAUCAUAACAUUAGGCACCUUUGUGACACUCUUCCUUUCUCCAGCAAUUUAUCAUACAGAGCAUCUAUCGAACUCUCUAUCCUGGCCUGCUUCUCAAGAGCGAUCGAUAGGAGAAGGCACUGUUGUAGAUUUACGUUAUUUAUCACCAUUAGACACCAAUUGGGACCAAAUAUCAGACGCCUUAGAUAAGCUGACAGACAAGGAUACAUACAAGGGGAUUGGAUUGUUGAACUUUAAUAACAGCGAGAUCAAACAAUGGAAGGAGCUGAUACCUGAUGCCGAGCAUGUUGUUCUGCAUUUGGACCGUGUGUCCUUCAACACAACAUGGGAAUCGCUAUACCCUGAAUGGAUUGACGAAGAGGAAGAAUUUGACGUUCCUACUUGUCCUUCUCUACCCAAGAUCCAAUAUCCAGGAAAACCACGACUUGAUCUUAUUGCUGUCAAGCUCCCCUGCAACAAGUCGGGGAGCUGGUCAAGAGAUGCGGCCCGAUUGCACCUGCAGCUCGAAGCAGCAAGACUUGCUGCAUCUUCCAAAGGGUACCAUCCAAUGCUUGUGCUUAUGGUGACUGAGUGCUUUCCGACCCCAAAUCUGUUUACUUGUAAAGAUCUUGUUGUACGAGAAGGGGAUAUUUGGCUAUAUCAACCAAAUCUUAAUAAAUUGAGAGAAAAAGUACAACUUCCAGUUGGGUCAUGUGAGCUUGCAGUUCCUCUCAAGGCUAAAGAGAACUUUCAUUCUGAAAGAGCACACCGGGAAGCAUAUGCAACAAUCCUACACUCUGCCCAUGUAUAUGUUUGUGGGGCCAUUGUUGCAGCACAAAGUAUUCGCAUGGCUGGUUCAACACGAGAUCUCGUGAUUCUUGUUGAUGAAACAAUUAGUGACUAUCACCGAGGAGGGUUGGAGGCUGCCGGGUGGAAGAUUCACACGAUCAAAAGGAUCAGGAACCCAAAAGCAGAACCAGAGGCAUAUAAUGAGUGGAACUACAGCAAAUUCCGUCUUUGGCAGCUCACAGAAUAUGACAAGAUCAUCUUUAUUGAUGCUGACUUGCUUAUACUUAGGAAUAUCGAUUUCCUGUUCGAGAUGCCAGAAAUAUCAGCCACAGGAAACAAUGCUACGCUGUUCAACUCAGGUGUGAUGGUCAUUGAACCGUCUAAUUGUACCUUUCAGCUGCUAAUGGAUCACAUCAAUGAAAUUGUGUCCUACAAUGGUGGGGACCAAGGGUACCUCAAUGAAAUCUUUACAUGGUGGCAUAGAAUUCCGAAACACAUGAACUUCUUAAAACACUUUUGGGAAGGCGAUGAACCGGAGAAGAAAGAGAUGAAAACUCGCCUCUUUGGAGCUAAUCCUCCAAUCCUUUAUGUCCUACACUAUCUGGGUAAUAAACCAUGGAUUUGCUUCCGGGACUACGAUUGCAACUGGAACGUAGACAUUUUGCAAGAGUUUGCGAGUGAUGUUGCGCAUAAGAGAUGGUGGAAAGUGCAUGAUGCAAUGCCAGAAAACCUGCACAAGUACUGUUUGCUUCGCUCCAAGCAGAAGGCGGCAUUGGAAUGGGAUCGGAGGCAGGCCGAGAAAGCAAAUUACACAGACGGUCACUGGAAAGUUAAGAUAAAGGAUAAGCGUUUGAAGAUAUGUUUUGAGGAAUUCUGUUUCUGGGAGAGCAUGUUAUGGCACUGGGGCGAAAAGAACUGGACAGACAAUGCCACAGUCACUCCGGCACCGCCUGCAAUCACAGCAUCACUCUCUUCUUCAUAAAUUAAUUUUUUUUCCCCUUCAUACUUGUACACUUAAUUUAGAUGGAAAAAGUUUUUUUGCAUUCUUAAGACAUGAUAAAGAAUUGUAUCUUCUUAUAAAUUAUUAUUCUUAUUUAAUGCAUUUUACACUCACUCUUGGCACAGUUUACAUGCUUUGGUGCCUAGUUUCUACAAUAUUCCUAAUGCCAUGAAGUAUAAUCUCUGUAAACUUA